AUGCUGCGAGCUGCGGCGCGAGGCUGCUCGGUGCUUCAGCGCCGCGCGUGCAGCACCACCAGCGUGGGCUGCUCGGUGCUUCAGCGCCGCGCGUGCAGCACCACCAGCGUGGGCUGCUCGGUGCUUCAGCGCCGCGCGUGCAGCACCACCAGCUUAAACACUCACCUCGGCAUCGACAGAACGCUCAGCGGGUCGCCGGUCGAGCUGCGCCCAGGCUUCGCCAGGGUCUCUAUGACGACAACUCCGACCAUGAGCGCUGACGGCCGAGGACUGACGCACGGUGGCUUCUACUUUGGACUGGCGGACUACGCGGCGAUGUGUGCUGUCAACGAUCCAAACGUCGUCCUAGGCUCUGCCGAGGCUCGCUUUCUCAAGCCAGUGAAGUGCGGUGACAGCCUGACGGCCGAAGCCAAGGUGAGCGGGGAGAAGGGCAAGAAGCGGCUUGUAGAUGUCACGGUGACGCGAGGCGACGAGGUAGUUUUCGCCGGAAACUUUGUGUGUUUUGUUCUGGAGCGCCAUGUGCUCGACUGA